UCCGCGCCUGCGCGUUGCGGAGCUGACGCGGACACGUUGUUGGGGCCGAGAGCAGCAUGGCGGCUGCGGAGGAAAACGUGAAGCCGAGCAGAGAAGAAAGUGUCGAAGCUUCGAGCAGCGACGACGAGAACAGCCCGUUCAACAGCGGAGAGAAGGAAGAGCCCGCGAAGAGCUUCAAGGAUCUGGGUGUUACUGAGGUCCUCUGUGAGGCUUGUGAUCAGCUGGGAUGGAAGAGUCCAACAAAGAUCCAGGUAGAAGCUGUACCUGUAGCCCUGCAAGGUAAGGACGUUAUCGGCCUGGCAGAGACCGGUUCAGGAAAGACGGGUGCCUUUGCUCUGCCCAUCCUCCAGUCACUGCUGGCCUCGCCACAGAGGCUUCACACCCUCGUCCUUACGCCGACCAGGGAGCUGGCGUUUCAGAUCUCCGAGCAGUUCGAGGCUCUGGGCUCCAGCAUCGGUGUUAAGUGUGCUGUCAUCGUCGGAGGAAUCGACAUGAUGUCUCAGUCUUUGGUGUUGGCCAAAAAACCCCACAUUGUUAUUGCCACACCGGGUCGCUUGAUCGACCACAUGGAGAACACAAAGGGCUUCUCCCUGCGAGCUCUGAAGUUCCUGGUCAUGGACGAAGCUGACAGAAUCCUCAACAUGGACUUUGAGACCGAGGUGGAUAAAAUCUUGAAGGUGAUUCCCAGAGACAGACGCACGUUCUUGUUCUCAGCCACCAUGACCAAAAAGGUCCAGAAACUACAGAGAGCAGCUCUGAAAGAUCCAGUGAAGUGUGCGGUAUCCACAAAAUACUCUACAGUAGACAAGCUGCAGCAAUACUACGUCUUCAUACCAUCAAAGUACAAGGACUGUUACCUGGUGUCCAUCCUGAACGAGCUGGCCGGCAACUCGUUUAUGAUUUUCUGCAGCACGUGUAACAACGCCCAGCGGGUGGCGCUGUUGUUAAGGAACCUCGGCAUCACUGCCAUCCCACUACACGGACAGAUGAGUCAGAACAAACGUCUCGGAGCGCUGAACAAGUUCAAAUCGAAGUCUCGAUCGGUGCUGCUGGCGACCGACGUGGCAUCCAGAGGACUCGACAUUCCUCAUGUGGACUGCGUCAUCAACUACGACAUCCCCACACACUCGAAGGACUAUAUCCACAGAGUCGGACGAACAGCCAGAGCAGGACGGUCUGGGAAAUCCAUCACUUUUGUCACUCAGUAUGAUGUGGAGCUCUUCCAGCGAAUCGAAAGCCUGAUCGGGAAGAAACUUCCUGCCUUCCCUACCCAAGAAGAGGAAGUGAUGAUGUUGGUGGAGAGGGUGAGCGAGGCCCAGAGAUUUGCCAGACUGGAAAUGAAGGAACAAGGUGAGAAAAGGAAAAGACCUAAAAGAGGAGACGGAGAUGACGAUGACACAGAACAAGCAAGUGGAGUGAGGAAGAAAGUGAAAGGAGGAUCAGGAGGAGGAGGAGGAGGUGGUGGUGGUAAUUUUGGAGGUGGUGGAGGACGAGGAGGGAUGAAGAAGAGGGGUGGAGCAGCCUGGAGGGGAGGGCGCUGAAGCCUCAGACAUGAACAGACUGUACAUAACCACGACAUACGAUGCCUCUCUUGUUUUUCCUUUGAUGUACAACUUAUUGCCUGUGACAGCAGCAUGUUCUCCAACAUUCAGUAUGGAAGACAAAUAUUUAAUGACAGAAAACAUGUUUCCAUUUGUAAUAAAAGAAAUGCCACAAAACCAAAAAC